AUGCCGGUGACCGUGUCUCCAUUGUUCUGGGAAUGGUUCAAUAUCUGGCUAAUACAAUUUUUGAAGAAUUUAUAUUAUGAAAUUAAGAUGGUCGCUCUGAGAGGUGGUAACAGUUCAUUGAGCACUGUGACGCACGGCUGCGGGAUUCACGGUGGACAACAAAAUGCCCUGGAUUUGACACAUCGUUUACAAACAUCGCUUGGAAUGCAACUCGGGACUGCGUCGCAUGCGGUUGGCCAUCACACUAGCCAUUUAAAUCACGCCAGCCAUGGCAAUCACUCGAACCACGGCAGCCAUACGAACCACGGCCACGGAAACCAGUUGAACAUACCAUCGCUGAGUAACGUGUCGGUGCUGAUGCCGCAACAGAAUGCAGCCUCGCUCAAGCACGAGCAGAAUACGCGCUAUUCUAGUUCCAACUGCAUGCUGCAAUCGCACCACUACAGACGGUUGACGCAAUCUAUGUUAUUAGAUCAUUACAACAACAUAACGCAAGUGCCCGCUUCAGGACCGGAAUGUUACCAUCCGUCGACGGGUAACGGAGCAUAUAUGUCCACCCAGACUCAAAACAUGCGAGGUCAGCCCUCACAGCCGUCAGCACCGCCGGCGCCUCAGCAGGACAUGUCCAAGACAACCAUGGCUGGUUCCACGUACGUGUCACCUCAAACCCAAACUCCGCCGUCGCGGCCCCAGUAUCCAAACUUCCCCUACAGAGCUUCCCAACACGCCAACAGGCCUAAUUCGCACCCUAGACAACAACAGCAGUACAUGGGAAGCGCGGGUGCAACAACGGCUGGUCCCGUUAUGUAUCACCAUGCCUUAGUGUUCCCGCCAACACACAUGGGCAUCCCACAAAGCUACCCGCAGCCGCGCUCGAGUACACCUGGGUACUAUCAAUAUGUGGCGCCUUAUAUAAGUUAUACCACUCCCGCCGGUCACACUCCACCCUAUUAUUAUCCAACCAACGGGCAGCAGUUGGCGGCGGGCAGUGUCGGUGGUAACGGUGGUCGUACUAACCCUGGCUCGUUGGUACCGCCGCAGGGCGCCGCGCCGGCUGCUCCCUCGCUGCAGCACCCACAGCAGCAACCCCUCUUACACGCCACCAUUCCCGGUACACAAACAAACAUAUACAACAGUAUACGUACGGUCCCUCCAAAACGUACAUCCCAUAGACUUGCAAUUAUUAAUCCCUUAACGAAACAAGAUAUAUUUUCGGAACAAUGUAAUAAUGAUAGCCAAUUUAUUAGUGGUGAUUCAAGUGAUCGGCAAACUCCUCAACCAGAACAGCAACCAACACAUAGUGCCGCUGAGGAGUUUCUAAGAAUGGUUAAUGAAGUAGCGAAUCAGCCAUCAGCUAGUGAAAGUGCUAGUAAAUCGAACUUUGUUUCUAAGAAUGUCGAAGUGCCUGCCACAAACGCAAGCUCCAAUCAACCUCAUACAAACGCAAUAAGUACUAUUAAUAGUAAUAAUAUAAAGUCUGAAAUAUUAAUUGUUAAUGAAAGUAAAAAUGUAGGAUCUGAAAUUAUAGAGUCCAACGAAACGCCGGUUGUAUCGGCAAUAUCGGAUAGUCCCGUUGUAGUGCCUAAAAUGACUGUGAAUACUAAACAACUCCAAAAGAAUAGUGAACAGAAUCUGCCUUUAACCAUAGAUAAUAGUAAGAUUAUACCGAAUAGUAAGCCACAAAAACAAAACAAGAUCAAACCAGUUGUGCCUCAAGAUGAAAUAGAAAAGCAAUCAGAAAUAGUGAAUUCUAUAGUUCCUCAAAGCGUUCAAGGUAUUAUUAUACAAGCGCCUUCUGAAGCGGUUAAUUCCGUUUCUCCUCCGAGCGACACUCCGGUGUCGCCGGCGGUGCCUGCACCAGUGCCAGAAGUAGCGCAAUCAGUGCCGGUGCCGGUGCCGGUGCCGUCAAUGGGGUCAGCUCUCUCUUCUCUGACGCCUGCACCACCACAGCCACAGAGAAUAAGAGAGCCCCGAGAUCGAAACAGAUCAGAAGAUAAAGAAAAACAGACAACUAAAUCUAAGGAGCAAGAUAAAGAUACAUCCAAAGCAAACGGUCCUGUUUCGGUUGAGAUUAGUUCAGUUGAUAGUAUACGAAAUACUAUCAAACCUCUAACUAGUCAAGUAAAUCAAAACCUGGAAGCAGAUAUACCAAAAAAGCAACCAGAAUUAGAGACUGAGAAAACAAGCGAUAAGAAACCUGAGGUUGUGAUUAACAGAGAGCCUACAUUCCCCGUCAAACCUACCCCCACUGCCACUGAAUUGUUGUCUGCUAGUAUUGAAAAGGUUGCCAAAGAGCAACCACAAGUAGUGCCUGAAGUGUCACCUAAAAAAGAAGAAUCCAUUACAAUCCAAGCCCAAGCCAAACUAACUCAAAGUAUAGCAAGUGCUGCACGGAAUCAAACUGAAUCUAAAAUGAAAGAUAUUAAUCUGAAUAAUAAGACAGAUCCUGAUACUGCUAAUGGAAAUUCCACUGAAGCUACUAAGAUGGAAGCAGUGAAAGAUGAAGGAAACAAAAAUGAAAAAGCUGUAAAGAAUUCUAAAAAUAAUAACAAAAAGUCUAAUAAAAAUUCAAAUUCUGAAGUUGCUCCAAAAGAAACAGAAGCAUAUGAAAAUGGUAAAGAAGAGAUUGAAAAAAUUACAAGCAAACAAGAGAAAGUUGUAACUCCGGAAGAAGAAUCAACUGAAAUGGCUGAAAACUCUGCACCAACUGCAGUUCCAGAAGCUCCAACACCUGCACCAGUUUCAGCACCUGCACCAGCUGUUUUUGUUCCUAAAUAUAAAUACUCUGAUGAUCAAUGGUCUCCCCUAAACAAGUCUGGUAAAAAGACUUAUGACAUAGGUUUACUUAUGCAAAUAAAAGAUGAUCCUCUAUGCAAGAACAAACCCAAUGCUCCCUUGUUAGAGGCAUGCAAUGUGAUGCGGACUGCGCCAAUUCAAGAGCCAAUGUCAUUUAAUGCAAUUUCAAGACCAAUGAACGAUGCAGUGUUAUUCCCCAACUUCCUUAAGAAUUCUAGUGUUGGUAACAGAAACAACGCUCCGAGGGAACACAAAAAAGAUGGCCGAAACUUGCCUCAGAGUGGUAAGAGCAGCGUUAAAUUGACACCAUCAGGUAGUGGAAGCAGUGGUCACAAACCUGUUAUACAUGUGUCACUCUCGCUGCGUGAGGAGGUGAAGCUUAACCAAACUAAGGAUGCCUGGAGACCUACAAGGUUCAAGAAAGAAAAUCUUUCUGAGGAGGAGGCCAAGACACAGGACCUAUACAAGAAGUUCCGUGGUAUUCUUAACAAACUCACUCCACAAAAAUUUGAUACAUUGCUGGACAGAGUCAAGUCCCUUGAAAUCAAUACACAAGCUCGUCUCGAAGGUGUUAUUGAUUUGGUUUUCGAAAAAGCCAUUGAUGAACCGAAUUUCUCUGAAGCUUAUGCUGCUAUGUGCAGUAAACUUUCCAUGUUAAAGGUACCUUCCAACAAUGCUCCUGAGCAAUGUGUCAACUUCCGAGCACUGAUUGUCACAAGAUGUCAGAACCAAUUUGUUACGGAUAAAGUGGAUGAACAAGUACUCAAAAUAGAGAAAGAGAUCAGUGAAUGCACUGACCCUACCAAGAAAAAAGAAUUGCAACUUCAACUUGAAGAAGAAAACAGGCGUGUCAGAAUGAGAUCAGUGGGAAAUGUCAGAUUUAUAGGUGAACUGUAUAAACUAAAAAUGCUUACAUCCAAGAUUAUGGUCUACUGCAUGACUUACUUAAUUGACAAACUGGAAGAAGAGAAAUUGGAAUGUCUUUGCAAACUCCUCACUACCAUUGGUGAACAAGUAGAAAGUGAAGUAAAAGAGCAACUAGAAAGUGUCUUCAAGAAGAUGCAGGAUAUUGUUGAUCGUAAAUCAAAUAAAAUAAGCAGCAGAGUGCGAUUCAUGAUUCAAGAUGUGAUUGAGCUUAGAAAACGAAGAUGGUUUGCUAAGAAUGUUGUAGACUUGCAGCCCAAGAUGAUGGAUCAGAUUCAGAAGGAAGCUGAACAGCAACAACGGCAUAUUGAGUUAAUGAACGCUGCUCCAAUGGGCGGUGGAUUCCGUCGUGAGGACGGAGGCCGCAAUAAACGUGGCGGUCGUCAAGGCUCCAAUUCAUUCCUGGAUAACCAGUGGAAAGCCUCAACCAACUACAAUCGCACCAACUACACUGUUGAUACCUCUAAAUUUAAGGCGGUAACACAAAAGAAUCUUACUGAUAUUAAACUGGCUCCACAUAACUCUGCUUGGAACCAUGGAUCUGGAACAAAGAAUACAGCUCAAGCUAGUAGUAACUCUAUGAUUAGUCUGUCCAAAAAUAUGUACAGCAUGCUUGAAAAUGUGCAAGCAGAUCCUACAUCACUCAGAACAAAAGAUCUCUCUCCUGGUUAUCAACAUUCAAAGUCCAUCGAGCGAUCAACCUUCAAUUCCAGAGGAAAUGGCAGUAACAGUCGUUCCGGAUCAGUUGGAGUCACAAGAUCUAACUCUAGCAGCCGAGGCCCGGCCACGCCUGCGCCGCCACAAGAGAAUACACCAGCAGCUCCUGUCCCACAGGAACCUCUACCCGAAGCUAAAAAGAAGGCAUUCAAAAUGCUCAUCAUGGACAGAUUUGUCAAUCCCAACGACGAUGAUUUGGUGUCGGAGAUCAAACAAACCGUCGCGCCGCAGUAUCACGCCGCUUUGGUCACGGAGACCCUGAAUAUUGCACUAGAAAAAUCAGCAAAGGAGAUUCAGAUUAUUUCUAAAACACUACUCCAUUUGGUUUCGACUGGAUUUAUAUCAGCUGAGAACUUCGUGACUGGAAUCAGCGAGAUUAUGGAAUUCGCAUCCGAUCUUUACAUUGAUAUACCGAUGUUAUACGAGUACUUAGGGAAGAUUAUAGUACCACAAAUUGAAAAGAAGCAUAUCACAUUUGUACAAACAUUUAGAUUAUCUGAAAACAUAAUACAAUCCAAGCACGGCCACUUGUUCUUAAAAGCAAUAAUAAAAGACUUAAAGGAUAGCAUGGGACCUUCUUUCGUAAAAACGAAAUGGCAAGAAUCUGGUCUUGAACUGAAGCAAUGGAUGAGUGAAGAUCAGAUACCAAAAUGGCUAGAAGAUAAUAAAUUUGAAUUCUUGGAGGGUGGUAAGUCCAGUGAAGAGACGAAAAAGAUUCUUACGCCACAAGAAACGCAAAGCAAAUUACUGCAGCUCAUAAAUAACGACGAGAACUGUGAUUGCAUACGAGGAUGGGUUCAGGAUAAUCUGGGUGCGUCAGCUAAUGAAGACUGGUUUAUGCGUGCUUUAAUACAACCAAUUUGCGAGUACGCAUUAUACGGAACUGAAGGACGUGAUGUACCGCACUUUAGCCAUGAACGUAUGAAUAAAUACGUUCCGCUCAUAAGCGAGUUCGGUGAAUCGCGUGAUCAACGUGAACUUUACUGUUUAUUCGGAAUACAGCAAUUUAUACAUAGACUGGAACACCCUCAAGGGCUAACUUUAGAUAUAUUCCAAUAUUUACACGAACAAUAUAUAAUAUCUGUAGAAGGGUUUAUUGCAUGGGAAGAAUCUGAGAUGGAGCCGGAAGGCAAGGCGGUGAUGCUUAAGGCACUCACGUCAUUCUUCACUAAUAUUAAGGAGGCGGAGGCCGACAACGAGGAAUCUGGUAGCGAGGAAUGACGCACCGCCCUGGCAGCGCGCGCCUUGCGUGCCGCCGCGACCAACACCCCCGAUACAACUGAUACUUCUGAUACUACAGACACUACUGACACCCCUGACACCACUGACACCACCUAUACACCCGACACUUCCGGUACUCCCAACUCCCCUACCGCACUGGAUCCCCAAACUACACCCCCCCGACCCAGCGUCUUCUAUAUUUUUAUAUAUUAGACUUAGGUGCCCAUGGUUCCAACACUCAUAGAUAUAUUUAUAUUUUAAUGCUUUACUUAACCGAUGCUAGAAAAAGUUGUAUAUUUGUUAUUCGUAGAUUAUUUAUAAAGAGGACUUAAAUUAAACUUCAAAGUAUGUAAUUGGUCGCUAGAAUGUUGAUUUAAGGUAAAAUUUUGUGAAUGAUGAUUACGAUGUGGCCGUGCAAUAUCUUGAUUCCAGGUGAAAAUACUAAGGCCCAUUAUUCGUGUAGUUUUAUGGUAAUAUAUUAAAUAUAGUGAUUUAUUAUAAACAGGAAUGGGCACCACUACGGAUUGAGGUUACAUUCAAGUAAUUGUACACGUUAUAAUAAGUGUACGAGUAAAGUUCUAUUAUUUUGAAAGGUUAUAAUCUCCAAUGAUUUUACUUCGAGGUGAAGUAUUCUGUAUGUGCCCAUUCCUGUUUGACAAUCAACAUUUCAACUCGGGUUCAAGAUAUUGAGCGAAGGUCGAGAGCGUAGCUCUGUCGCCAAGCCAGCGAUUUGAGUCCGCAUGAAAAUUUAUGAUACUGUCUGAACUAAUAUUGCCGACUUUAUUCGAAAUAAUAGGUUGUUUGUAUUACAUUAUAUAUAUGAUAUAUAUUUAUAUAUUCAGCUAUAACGAUUUUAUACAUGCAAAUGUAAAAUAAUUUAUAGUUUUAUAAUAUUUACAUAGUUAUGUCUUUAUCAUAAAGAGCUCUGUACAUUUUUGCUCAUUAACGGAUACGCGAAAACCGCCGUGCGCUGCAUCCGUUUGAAAUAAUAUUAAAUAAGGACAUAAAUAAUUAAGUUAUAAUUUAUUUUGAUAUCGAUUAACACAUUAAUUAUUGUUAAAAAUAUAUACAAAAAAACCAAUCUUUCGAUCGGACUGGCCGUAAAUCAGACACCAAUGAUGACUAUAACGGACCCAUAUUAAUAAACCGUAUAGAUUUAUGAAACGAAAUAGCUAAUUAAUAUUAAUCCUUAUAUAAACAAAUAGUCUUAUAUAAUUAAAAUAAGUGAGGAAUUCAUAUAGGGGGUGGAAAUGGCGUAUUGCUGAACGCUCCGUCGCAUCGGCUAGUAGGAUACUGCUCCAACGUAGGUUCAAUGAGAGGUGUUUACAGAUUAUAAUAUUAUAUUUAAUGUUUGUAUAUUAUUUUGUUUUCAAUUAUAUAGAUAUAGACAGCUACUUUUUGAACUGAUAUAGUAUGUUUAAUGUAUAAAAAAAAAAAUAGAGAUUUUGCGUAUACAAAACAUAGUGAAUAUUUUCAGUUACGUGGUGUUUUCAGUUUUUUUAGAUGGAUAUUCACGUCGUUAUGAUACAAUUAUGUACCGUUUUGAACUGAAAAUUAUAACACCAAAUCAUGUAGUCGAUAGCCCAUCGACCUGUGUACUACUGAAUGAAGUUCACAUGUAGGUAAAUUAAAAAGUAAUCGCAAACAUCCACAGGUAUAAUAUAUAAGAAAUAGAAAUGAUAUAACGUUAUUCAGGAUACGGCCGCGCGGCCGGCGGCGAGCCGUGGGCCCGGUCCUGUCGUGAGGUCAUUUUUUUUUUCUUUUAAUAUAUAUUAUUAUUAUUAUAAUUAUUUUGCUUUCUUUUAGAUAUUUGAUUAUUCCCUGUCACUAAGCCUCCGACUGCACGCAAGUAGUGUCGUAGAUCAUUCUUUUUAAUUAUUUUUAUUUUUAUGUUUUUAAAUUUAAAUAUAAUUAUUUUAUUAUAAUGUCUCAGUUAGCUGAACCCAAUGUCUCAAAAAUCCGUGGUGAUGAAACUGCAAGCCCCGUUUCUACUUUUUACUUUUCACUACUGAGUUUAUUAUUAUGGAUUAUCUUGUCAAGUUAAUGUAUGUUAUGUAAAUAAACUUUAUAUAAAGAA